GCAACAAGUAACAACUCUACGAAGAAGAUAUAUCUUGUAUCCCAUGCUUUAGCGUUAUAGGUUAUUCUAUUUUUGCAUUUGUUUAGAUUUAUACUUUUUAAUUUUAGGGACGUAAAUAAUAGUAGCAAUAAAAGUAUAAAAAUGGUUUUCAUAAACAUUAUAAUUGUCAAGCUUUACUGGAAUUAAUUGGUUCUAACAUUAUGCUUUAACCCUAAAAAUAUGAAAAAGUAAAUAUGAUCAUAUUUCCCAAAUUAUAUCUUCCGCUUCAUUAAGAGAAUAAUAUAAGAUGUUGCAUUCAACGGGAGUAUUGUCACCACAAGACAUUUUGGUAGAAGUUAGAAAAUUUAUUUCCGGAGCUGUUCGGCCGACUCAUAGUACAAGCACGCUUGAUGUAACGCGAACAGCUUUGACUUUACUUCGAAAUGUACCUGCCGCAAGAGAUGCAGUACUCGAAUAUUUCUGCAAUGUAUUUUUCAUUGCAGUUACCAAAUAUGUUCGUCAGCUGGAAACAAAUCAAAACUUAGCGAUAUGUGAGGAAUCUAUAAUAGCAGAAAUCCACAAUGUUUUAAGUAGCUUUAUUAAUGGCAAUCCAGAAGCAUGGGCACCAAUUAUUUCGGCAUGGUCAUUAGAAUUAUUAGGUAAACUUUCUUCAGAAUAUGCAAAACGUGGAAACUUACCUGCAAAUGCUGGAAUUAAUGAUUUCCUUCAACAAUGGAUGUCUUGUUGUGCUACCCGUACUUUAAUCGAUAUCACUGCUCAAUGUCUUCAAUGUCUUAUGCAUUCAGAUACAGGAUCUUGUAUUAAAGCACUAUUAGAUACUAGUGUAUUACAUAGUCCUCAUUUUGAUUGGGUAGUGGCUCAUGUUGGAAGUUGUUUCCCAAAUACAGUUAUUACCAGAGUGUUAUCGUGUGGUUUAAAAGAUUUUUGUGCAAUGGACCAUGAACAUAGUGUUAAAGAUCCAAAAUUGAAUUCAGUAGUUGGAAUUUUGGGUCAUUUGGCUGGUAGUCACUUUCAAGAUAUUACAGCAGCAUUAUUAGACUUAUUCAAGUGGAGCCUGCAGGAAGAUGUAAAUGUCGAUGAGGAUACAAAGAAUCAAAAAUUGGCUACUGUUCCAUUUCUUUUAAAUCUGGCUUCUCUUUCGCAAACUCUUUUAAAAGCAAUAACUAGUGAUGUAUUACAAACAUUAAAGCCAGAUAUAAUCCCGCAGUUAGCUUUAUUUGCUUCAGACUGGUGCAAAUACUUUGAUAACCAACCUGAAGCCCUGAUAGAUCUAACUGUUCAUCUGAUAUUAGGAUGUGAACAAGGAGCAUCUCAGCUAAUAAAUAUUUUACUAGAUGCAAGUUUAAAUACAAGUAAUGUUGGAUAUCAUAGUGUUAACGCUGCUCAAAGUGUAAAAAGCGUAUGUUCUGAGAUACUAGAGUUAGUAUUGCAAGAGAUAGAUCUACUUUUGAGGACACAUGGACCACAAUCUGCAAAUAUUGCCUUACUAAAUUCAGUCAAACAAGAAUUUCCAGUAAUAUUACCAUUACUUUUGAAUCAAAAUCCACUGCGAGUUCAAACAGCUAUCAGGCUGCUAUGUUUUCUUGGAAGUCAAAGUCCUAAUAUGUUAAUAUCUGCAGCAUCGUAUAUGUUAAUCAAAGCUGUAACUACUUUCCAUCUUGCCGCUCUGAUUCGGCUUGUUUCUAAUAACAUUGUAUUAUUUUCCUCUAAUAAUUCUGAAACGGAAAAUGUAUUAGCCAGCUACAGUUACUUUACACAAGUAGUUGAACAAGCACUUAGAGAAAUAAACUACAAAAAUGUAGAAAAACAAGAAACAAGACAACUCUUUCAAAAUCUUACAAUAUUGCUAAAGUGGGAGAAGUAUAACAAGGCAGUAGUACUCCGGUCAAAAAUGAUAACUCAAGCUAUAAAAUCCAAUCUACGCCAAAUCUCCACUCUGUUAACAAAAACAACUGACUUUGAUUUGGCUAAUGAUAUUGCUAAAAUGUUAGACUUAUUUAGUAUGCCUGAAAAAGAUAAUUUUUCCCCAAAUGUAGAACUCACCUUGAAAUUAACGAGAGCUGUGAUACAGUAUUUCUUUUUAUGCAUAACAGAAGAUGACAUCACACGAAAACAACAGGGUGUGAAGAUCGUUUGUCAUUUGUUAAAAGAUUUAACUUUUUAUUCACCAUGUGCUCGAGUUUUAGCUCUAAGAGAAAUUCUAGGACAUAGUAUCAAUAAUAAUCCUGCAAAAUAUUUUGGUGCAAAAGAAAAAUUUGAACCAGAGUUUGAGGAAACGUUACUUUUGCAUCAAAACCACAAACAGGUUACGAGUACGAUGUUAGCUCAGAAACAUUCUUCAGUGUUUCACGCUGGAGUAAUUGGACAUGGUCCUCGGAGACCGCCACCAGAAAAUAAUAUCGAUAAAGAAAUUAUUGCUCUCAAUAAAAUAUUGCUGAUUGAUGUUAUAAAGGCAUGUUGUAGUAAUCGUGAACCGGAACGAUAUCCUGUGAACCUAGAUGCUUUAACAAUGGUCAGUUUAUUGUUAGUUGAACUAGUUUCACCUGAUGUUAUGUAUAAUGGAUUACCAUGGCCUGAUGAAGAAUUUACAAAGGUUACUAUAGAAAGAGAUUUGCAAAUCCAUCGAACAUUCAAGGAUGUCCCAUUAUUAUGGACAUUAUUAGAACUGACAGCUUGGUACAGACCAGCCUUAGCAUACUGCUCAGUUCUAUUGAGAGGUAUUGCUGCCACAGUUAUGGCUAACUGGAAUAUAGAAGAAGGUAUUUUACUCGUGAGUGUUAUGGCACUUGGUCAGUUAUUACCACCUCCAUUAGCAAGCAUAAGGGAUGUUCUGCCAGUUUUAGAACCGCAUCAGAUAAAUACUAUAAUGAAAGAAUGUGUAUGGGCUUACAUGCGUGAAAAUGUUCCAUCACCUGCUCUCUUUACACGUAGCGAAGGAGCUAACAUAGCUUGGCGAGACACGGACACUUCUACUCCAAAUUCACGGUUUACAGAAACACUUCGUUUAGUUUUGUUAUCCAAUAUUCAUACAUUGGGUCCACUUUAUGCUGCUCUUUUCUUACAAUAAAAAUAAAUAGUUAAAUUUUCUACCAUAUGUACAUAUUUUUAUGAAUAAAAUGAUAUAAAUCUAAAAAAUUAAUGUUAUAUUAAGAAGAUAUUUAGAAUAAGUAUUAACACAUCCUUUAAAUUUACAUUUUUGUAAAAAAUAUUUCUAGAUUAUUUUAUUAAAUUACAUUUGUAGAACAACUUCUCAAAUAAUAUUGCAUUAAUAUAGUUUGUAUUUAUUUAAAAUGAUAUUGUGGAUUAAUGUCUAAACAUUGGGUUCGCCAUUCAUUAUCCUUGAAGUGUAUAACAAUAAAUACAUUUUUAAUCAUGUUUUCAUAACAACUCUAUGUAUAAAAUAAAAGGUACCAUUUGUAUUAUAUAAAAUAGGAAUUUUUUAAGUUUACUAAUAUCUGAAUACAACUAAAUAAUAUACAGUAUAAUACGAUAUACAAAUACAAUGCAGAUAACUUAUAAAUAAUUUUUUCCAAUUUCAUCUAAUUAUGUCGAAUGAAUAUUACUUUCAUUCACUUAAAUGUAGUUCGCUACUUUCAAAUGCUAGUAAAAAGACAAAUUAAUACAGGUCAGACUAAAAAGGAAAACAAAACAAAUAAUAAAUUUUAAUUUUUAUAAAAGCAUAUUCACUUCUAAAUACAUACAAGAAAGAAAUGUUACUUUGCUUUGUAUCAUUAUUAAUAUAGGAAUGAUAUCUAUGAUGAGCGAACACUGUACGAAUUAAUUGGUUGUACGAAUACCCUAGGUGGGUGUCUCGUCCUGACGAAAUGAUUAUACAUUAUGCAAUGAUUCGUUUCACAUAAACGUCACGAUCUUAAUCGCGCGCUUUAAGAGAGUCUUUUACAUAACCCCGUUUUAUUCGGAGCAUAAAA